GUUGGGGUCGUUUUCAGAACCAGAAAGUUCCCUUCCCCGCCUUUUGCUGAUUUUUAUCGCAUGACGUGUAUCAUACAAACGCAACUAUAAUUAAAUCGCGCACACACACACAUACACUCACAUAUUUGCAGGGCUGGUGCAGAUAUAAGAGAGCUCUCAGAUUCCCCCGUGACAGUCUGUCGUUUCCCCACUCUCUCUCUCUCUCUCUCUAGCAUACACUCGUCACUCAUCUCUAUCGACACUGUCUCUCAUUUUCUCUUCGUGGAGAUCAAGUCAGGAACUGCGGCGCAUUCGCCAUGGCGUCCGUCGUCGACUCCGCCUGGACCUAUCUCAUAACCAAUUUUAGUGACUUUCAACUGGCAUGCCUUGGAAGUUUCUUUCUUCACGAGAGUGUAUUCUUUUUGUCGGGACUUCCAUUUAUAUUCCUGGAAAGGGCAGGAUGGCUGAACCAGUACAAAAUUCAGACUAAAAACAACACAGUUGAUGCUCAAGAGAAAUGCAUCACUAGGCUAUUGCUCUAUCAUUUUUGUGUCAAUCUACCUGUUAUGAUCUUGUCAUAUCCCGUCUUCAGAUUCAUGGGCAUGCGGAGUACCCUUCCGUUGCCAUCCUGGAAAGUAAUAUCAACUCAGAUUCUAUUCUACUUCAUCCUGGAGGAUUUCGUGUUCUACUGGGGUCACAGGAUUUUGCAUACAAAAUGGCUUUACAAGCAUGUCCACAGUGUCCAUCAUGAAUACGCAACACCAUUUGGAUUGACUUCUGAAUAUGCUCACCCUGCUGAGAUUUUGUUUCUUGGAUUUGCUACAAUACUUGGUCCUGCAAUCACAGGUCCCCAUUUAGUAACACUCUGGUUAUGGAUGGUUCUUAGAGUGCUUGAAACCGUUGAGGCACAUUGUGGAUACCAUUUCCCGUGGAGCCUCUCAAACUAUUUGCCUUUAUAUGGAGGUGCUGAUUUUCAUGACUAUCAUCACCGACUGCUGUACACCAAGAGCGGCAACUAUUCAUCAACUUUUGUCUACAUGGACUGGAUAUUCGGCACUGACACAGGUUAUAGAAAACUGAAGGCGCUGAAAAGUGAAGGAGAAGAGAUGGCUAUGAAGGACAUGUAAAAUCGACGAUGAUUCUUUGUCGGAUGCAUCAUAACAUGAUAGAGUACAGUCUUGGAGCAUCAUCUUCAAUUGUGGGAUAUGGUUCCAGAUCAUCUUGGUUGCAGAUUGAAUUUAGUUUUUUUUCUCGUGGCUUUUUGAUCAACAAUUUGUGCUGUGGAAUUAGGUUGUGGCUUGUUAUGGAUUUUGUGUCCUGCAUAAAACCCACACGAAUGGAAUUCCACCUUUAUUCUGAACCAUUUAUUGGACCAUUUUGACUGAAUAUUCAAUUCAAUUCAUGUAAAUUGUGAAUCUUAUAAAGGCCAGGAUGUUAGAAUCUCCA